GCGCGGGCGGGAGGAGGGGCGCGCCGGCCCCUCCUCCCCGCGCGCGGCCACGUGACGCCGGCCGAGGAGAUUGGAGCGGCGGCGGCGCGUGGCUGUAGACGGGUGCAGCACCGGGCACUCACGGCAGGAUCUCCACCACCUCCUCCUCCUUCCCCCGGGAGCUUUGACGGUACCUUCUCCUUCGCCCGGCUCGUCGCCGCCGCCGCCGCGGCGCCCCGACGAAGGGGAGAAGACGCAGCUGGGCCGCCGCCGUUAGAGUGGUCGCCGGCUGCCGCUCGCUCGGUCCGCCGUCGCCUCGGAGGUCGAUCCUCCCGCGGGGUCUCCGCUUCCUCCUCCCAACGCCAGCGCCCGCUCACCGCCGCGAUGGGGCUCCUGGACUCGGAGCCGGGCAGCGUCCUGAACGUCGUGUCCACGGCGCUUAACGACACCGUGGAGCUCUACCGCUGGACCUUGUCCAUCACAGCUGGCGAAUUCUGAGAGGUCAGGGGCCAAAUAACCUGUUGCAAAUCACUUAGCUCAAAAAGGAUGGAGGGUCUGACUUGAAAAGCUGUUCUGUAUACCAUGCUGGAUGAUUUUAAGAUAUAAAUCAGAUAAACGCGUGGAAAAUUGGCCUCUGAUGCAGUCCCCGUUGCCUACGCUUUGUAUAAGUACCCUUUACCUCCUGUUCGUGUGGCUGGGUCCAAAAUGGAUGAAGGACCGAGAACCUUUCCAGAUGCGUUUAGCGCUCAUUAUCUAUAAUUUCGGGAUGGUUUUGCUUAACCUUUUUAUCUUUAGAGAGCUAUUCAUGGGAUCAUAUAAUGCAGGAUAUAGCUAUAUUUGCCAGAGUGUGGAUUAUUCGGAUAAUGUUCACGAAGUCAGGAUAGCUGCUGCUCUGUGGUGGUACUUUAUUUCUAAAGGAAUUGAGUAUUUGGACACAGUGUUUUUUAUCCUGAGGAAGAAAAACAACCAAGUCUCCUUCCUUCACGUGUAUCAUCACUGUACAAUGUUUACAUUGUGGUGGAUUGGAAUUAAGUGGGUCGCAGGGGGACAGGCAUUUUUCGGAGCCCAGAUGAAUUCCUUCAUCCAUGUGAUUAUGUACUUAUACUACGGGUUAACCGCCUUUGGCCCAUGGAUUCAGAAGUAUCUUUGGUGGAAACGAUACCUGACCAUGCUGCAGCUGAUUCAGUUCCACGUGACCAUUGGGCACACAGCGCUGUCCCUUUACACCGAUUGCCCCUUCCCCAAAUGGAUGCACUGGGCUCUCAUUGCCUAUGCAGUCAGCUUCAUAUGUCUCUUCCUUAACUUCUAUGUUCGGACGUACAAAGAGCCUAAGCAAGCCAAAACCGGAAAAACAGCUGCGAAUGGUAUUUCAGCAAACGGUGUGAACAAAUCAGAAAACCACCUAGUGGUGGAAGAUGGAAGAAAGCAGAAAAAUGGAAAGGCAAAAGGAGAGUAAAGUGAACUGGGCCUUACCUGGUGUCGACAGCAAGGAAGCUCCCACUUCACAUACGAUUUCAGGGAAACCAGAAGCAAAUGAGGGUUUGGGGAUAGGGAGAAAAAGACAAACGUGCUCUAUGUAUUAGUGACCUUUAGAUUGAGUAAAGUGUUAAAUACAACACCCAGAUGUUUUAUUUAUGAAGUUUUUAUUUUAAACAUUUUUUUUAUUAGCCUUGAUGUUGUCAGACCAAAGCAAUCAUCACGUGACUUUGGAGGCCCCUCUCCCUGUUCAUAUUCAUGUGUACAAUGUAUGAGAGUUUUCAUGUCUCUUCAUUCUUCAGACUGAUAAUCACAGAAACAUGGUCUUUAUGCCUUUUUUUUUUGGCUAAAUUGCUACUUACCUACUGAUGAAAAUCAGUUACCUUCCAUCUUCUGGUCCCAAACUGGAAAUGCAGCUACUUUAAAACGUGCACGUUUGAAUUCAUUUGCUGACUGGAGUGGUCAAAUCUCUCCACCUCUAGUCUGAAGAUACCCUCUUGGUUGGAAUUAAAUUUUAAAAAUCUGAUGAUCUCUGUAGACUCUUAGAGGCUUGAUGAUGAUGGUGUUGGGGAAAAUAAGAAUUACAGUAAAAUCCUGCCCGGCGACUCAAAGGUCACCGUGACCUGCAGCACAGAUCACUGUGGGAAACAAUUUUUGUGAUGAAAAGGCAGCCUUUCAAUACUCCUGUUACUACCAUAUAUAUAUGAUAAACAUUAAGGUUAUUGUCUGAUUGGAACAUGAAACAACUCAUGUCUCUAUUAGUAACAUCAUAGUUACAUUUAUGUGCUGUUAGAAGAGAGUAUGUUGAUUUUUAUCAGGCUUUCCUUGUUUUGAUUUGUGGCUGUUACCGAUUUUUCAUAUGUGGAAAUAUACCUACCUCUUCUGUUGGAAAGAACAGUUAAAAUUAAAUAAAUUUUAAUUAAAAAAUCAAGGAGUCCUCUAAUGUAGAUUUUAAUAUUAACUCUCAAAUUCACUAACACUGUUUUGUGUUUUUUUACAAGUAGUGUCCAGCAAGCUUCUCUGUGAAACUAUCCUUCUCUUUUAACGUGUUUAAUUUUGGAGUGAUACUUUUCUUGUGACAAAGUUGCAAGAUCUUAUCUGUAACUAGAUAUGAAGUGUAAACCCAUUUUGGUGCAAUAUUCUUGACUCCUUGGUGCUAAAGAUCAUUAAAUUCAGUGCUUGAUUGUUACAAAGUGUUACUUGCUAAGACAUAAGAUGAACACGAAAGUGAGAGUAGCCAGAAUCAGAAAAUGAAAUUUGUUGUUUACAAAAGAAGUGUUUCAUGUAAUAUAAAAAAAAAACUGGAAAUUCACUAGGAAAGAACUUGCACCCUGUCUUAUUACAUAGGUUAAAUUGCUAGUGGGUAUCGCACAGGGAUCGUUCGAGAAAAUGUGACCAAAAAAAAAAAAAAAAAGGCAUGAAUAUUUCUAAGUAUAAGUAUCUUUAACAUGUCAAAACUGCAUGUGCAGGAUGUAAUGCUGUUUGUGCAGAGUAUUUCAGAAUAUUUUGUAAACCAGAAAAUAUUUAUUGUGCAUUAAAAUUACACUCUUUCCCCCCAAGGCAUGCAGACAUGAGAAUUACAGACAAUUUGCCGCGUAUAUAAUAGUUUGGUCUAAGAGGAUUCAACACUUUUGUUUUUGCUGCUCAGUGUGUAAUGACUAGAGAUGUGUAAAUCUUUGUGAGCUUUCUGUACUGGUUCCCCAGAGCUACUCCUUCUCUGCUACCUGAUUUCAGCACAAUAAAUAUACUACUGCUGUGGGAAAAAUGAUUUUUUUUUUUGGUUAAU